AUGUUACCCAUGGCUUCCAGGGCACGCUCUGAGCCUCCACUAGAAUAUAGGCUCUAUGGCGGGGCUGGAAGCCAUGCAUGUCAUCCGUCUCUGGUUUUGACACUCUUUGCCGUUGUGCUAGUGACUUGUCUUGAAGCUGCUAAGCUCACUGUGGGGUUCCACGCCCCCUGGAACAUCUCUCAUCCAUUUAGUGUGCAAAGGUUGGGGGCAGGCCUCCAGAUUGCUGUGGACAAAUUCAACUCAGAGCCAGUGGGUACUGGGAACUUGAGCUGGGAGUUCACGUACACCAACGCGACCUGCAAUGCCAAGGAGUCCCUUGCAGCUUUCAUCGACCAGGUCCAGAGAGAACACAUUUCUGUUCUGAUUGGACCAGCAUGCUCAGAAGCAGCAGAGGUUAUUGGUUUACUGGCCUCCGAGUGGGACAUCCCCUUGUUUGACUUCGUUGGACAAAUGGCAGCCCUGGAGGAUCACUUCUGGUGUGACACCUGCGUGACACUUGUGCCGCCCAAGCAGGAGAUCGGCGCUGUGCUUCGGGAAAGCCUGCGGUACCUGGGCUGGGGACACAUAGGGGUGUUUGGAGGCUCCUCGGCAGGUUCCUCCUGGGGAGAAGUGGAUGAGCUGUGGAAGGCUGUGGAGGAUGAACUCCAGCUCCAUUUCACCAUCACAGCCAACGUGAGAUACAGCAGCGGCCGCUCAGACCUUCUGCAGGAAGGCCUCAGGAGCAUGUCUUCUGUCGCCAGGGUUAUUCUGAUCUGCAGCUCAGAGGACGCAAAGCACAUUCUGGAAGCAGCAGAGGACCUGGGACUCAACGCGGGAGAAUUUGUUUUCAUUCUCUUGCAGCAGCUGGAGGACAGUUUUUGGAAGGAAGUACUGGCAGAGGACAAGGUGACACGCUUUCCCAAAGUCUAUGAGUCGGUGUUUCUCAUUGCUCCCAGCACCUAUGGAGGGAACGCUGGAGAAAAUGACUUCCGGAAGCAAGUCUACCAAAGGCUGAGGAGGCCACCCUUUCAAAGCUCCAUCUCCUCAGAGGACCAGGUGAGCCCUUACUCUGCCUACGUGCACGAUGCUGUCUUACUCUACGCUCAGGCUGUGGAGGAAAUGAUGAAGGCUGAGAAAGACUUCCGGGAUGGGCGGCAGCUGAUUAGCACACUGAGAGCUGGUCAGGUCACACUGCAGGGAAUCACUGGUGCUGUGCUCUUGGACGCCCAGGGGAAAAGGCACAUGGACUACUCCGUCUAUGCCCUACAGAAAUCUGGAAACAGAUCCCGCUUCCUUCCUUUUCUUCAUUAUGACAGUUUUCAGAAAGUAAUCAGACCCUGGAGGGACGACUUGAACGCCUCAGGGCCCCAUGGCUCCCAUCCUGAAUACAAACCCGGCUGUGGAUUCCAUGACGACCUUUGCAGGACGAAGCCUCCGACCAGAGCAGGUAUGACUGCAUCUGUGACAGCUGUGAUCCCCACGGUGACACUGCUGGUUCUUGCCUCAGCAGCUGCCGUCACAGGUCUGAUGUUGUGGAGGCUGAGAGGAAAAGUGCAGAGCCACCCUGGAGACACCUGGUGGCAGAUCCGUUAUGACAGCAUCACUCUUCUGCCUCAGCAUAAACCGUCCCACCGAGGCACACCUAUGUCCAGAUGUAACGUUAGUAAUGCAUCUACUGUGAACAUUUCUGCAAAUUGUGGCUCCUUUGCCAAGACUCACCAGGAUGAAGAGCUGUUCUAUGCCCCUGUGGGGCUUUACCAGGGAAAUCAUGUGGCCCUCUGCUAUAUCAGCGAGGAAGCAGAAGCACGGGUUAAGAAGCCAACUGUGCUGCGGGAAGUCUGGCUGAUGUGUGAAUUAAAGCAUGAAAACAUCGUCCCCUUCUUUGGUGUUUGCACAGAACCACCUAACAUCUGCAUCGUUACACAGUAUUGCAAGAAAGGAAGUCUCAAGGAUGUUUUGAGGAACUCUGAUCAUGAGAUGGAUUGGAUAUUCAAGCUCUCUUUCGUGUAUGACAUAGUCAACGGCAUGCUGUUCCUCCACGGGAGCCCACUGAGGUCUCACGGCAACCUGAAACCUUCCAACUGUCUGGUAGACAGUCACAUGCAGCUGAAGCUGGCAGGAUUCGGGUUGUGGGAGUUCAAGCACGGCAGCACCUGCAGGAUCUACAACCAGGAGGCCACGGACCAUUCAGAGCUCUACUGGACAGCCCCAGAACUGUUGCGGCUUCAGGAGCUGCCCUGGUCCGGCACCCCGCAGGGAGACGUUUACAGCUUUGCCAUUCUCCUGAGGGACCUGAUCCACCAGCAGGCCCACGGGCCCUUUGAGGACCUUGAGGCAGCUCCAGAGGAAAUCAUCAGCCGCAUUAAAGACCCCUGGGCACUGGUUCCAUUUCGGCCGUCUCUGUUAGAGGAUAAAGGUGACGAAAGGAUUGUGGCCCUGGUGAGGGCAUGUUGGGCUGAAUCUCCAGAGCAAAGGCCUGCCUUCUCUUCCAUCAAGAAGACGUUACGAGAAGCCAGUCCAAGAGGCCGGGUGAGCAUCUUGGAUAGCAUGAUGGGCAAGCUGGAAAUGUACGCCAGUCACCUGGAGGAAGUAGUGGAGGAGCGGACCUGCCAGCUGGUGGCAGAGAAGAGAAAGGUGGAGAAACUCCUGUCCACCAUGUUGCCAAGCUUCGUUGGAGAACAGCUAAUAGCUGGAAAGUCCGUAGAACCAGAACAUUUUGAGUCUGUCACCAUCUUUUUCUCUGACAUCGUGGGAUUCACAAAACUGUGCUCUCUCAGCUCCCCCUUGCAAGUGGUGAAGCUCCUCAAUGACCUGUACAGCUUGUUUGAUCACACAAUACAGACCCAUGACGUAUACAAGGUGGAAACCAUUGGCGAUGCCUAUAUGGUGGCCAGUGGGCUUCCUAUCCGAAAUGGAGCUCAACACGCGGAUGAGAUUGCCACCAUGUCUUUGCAUUUACUCAGUGUCACCACCAACUUCCAGAUUGGGCACAUGCCUGAGGAGAGACUCAAGCUCCGGAUAGGCCUCCACACAGGUCCUGUGGUCGCUGGUGUGGUGGGAAUCACCAUGCCCAGGUACUCUUUUGGAGACACUGUGAACAUGGCCUCCAGAAUGGAAAGCAGCAGUUUGCCUCUCCGGAUUCAUGUUUCUCAGAGCACUGCCAGAGCUCUUCUAGUAGCAGGAGGGUACCAUCUUCAGAAGAGAGGCACCAUUUCAGUCAAGGGCAAGGGAGAACAGACGACCUUCUGGCUAAAAGGCAAAGAUGGCUUCGCUGUCCCGCUCCCCGAGUUUACUGAGGAAGAAGCCAAAGUUCCAGAGAUAUUGUGAGGCUCUUUCAAGAUGUUUGUAGAGCCCCACUAAUGUUUGUGGGUAUCCUCUUGGCGGGGAGGGGAGA